AUGAAGUACAUUGGUAAAUGCAGUAAUUUUUGUCAAUUGAGCUGUGGCAUUUAUACCAAGUCACCAACUGAUCACCAAGUAAACCCAGAAUUCAGCUCUGUCUCCGACUCCGACAACAGAAAAAAGCAAGAACAAAGUCAAAUGGUGAAAACCUGUGAAACCUGUGGAGACAAAGGCUUCUCUAGAUACUUAACUUAUUCUACUGGGGACACAGUUGAGCACAUGUAUAGUUCAGAGCUACCUCCUGAUGAAUUACCAGCAAAAAUGGUAAUGUGUGGGGAUGAAAUGACCAAGUUUUCUGGCUGUCAUCCACUGAGAAUUUCAUAUCUUUCUCUCCCUGAUGCUAGUGCAAUCCCAGUUGCUGGUCCGAUUUGGAGGGGAGUUUUCAAUACUUUUGGGAGAUUAUGUAAAAGUUGGAAAGGGAUGGAAGCCUUUAUACCAAAGACUUCACAUUCAGAAGCUGUCAAUAUUGUACAUUCAAUGCAACCCACUCUUUAUCUCGACCUGAAGAAAAGGAGCCAACUAUGGCCUAAGAAUUUUGAUGAAUUGGGGGCUACUGACUGCAAUAUCGGACUUUACAUCUUUCCUCAAUCCGCGAGGUUAUGGUUUAAAUCUGUUGCAUUUCUUUGGGGAGCGUUUAAGGAAAAAGUAUCCAGUGAAAUUCCAUCCAAACGCGUAGCUAAAAGUCGUGGUACUAAAUCCAAGCAGUGGACAACUCUCAAGAAGACUAAAAAAGCAGUGUCUCUUGUAAAAUAUGACCGUUUACCAUCAUUAAGGCCCGAAUGCAAGAGAGCUAGGAGUAAAAGAGGUAAGAAAGCUCGGAAAUGCAAUGACCAGGAAGCUGAUAUGUUUUGUCAGAUAUUCGACAAACCAGGCCAAGCUGAAACCUGCACAGAUGAGCCUGCUGUCAUUGCUUCAAGUGGACAAGAGAACACCAGUUUGUUGAAUGAUAAGAUUGGUACUUUGGAAAACAUUGUAGAAGAAUGUAUACCUCGAGUUGCAGUAACGAUAAAGGAACCCAAAACUGUAGCUGUUGAUGAAUCAGAGAAAAUUGUAGAAAUAAAAACCUCGGGCCAAGGUCAAGCACUACUUCCUUCUCUAGAAGUUAAGCAAGAGACACCUCUGGAGAAGGGUUCAUGUAUGACUUCCGGUCUUGAUCUUGAAAGAAAAAGUUCAAGUCCUUCAAUUUCUUCUACUGUAUUCAUGGAACUUGAUGAUGAAGAAACUACCAUAAGUGGGUCUCAGAACUGUAUAGAGGCAAGUGUAACGACAAUCCCGGCCUCCAAUUUAGAAAUGGCAGGUGGUGAGUACCAUGAAAGCAGUUCAAAUAGGUCGGUACAACAUCAACUCUGAUUUGGUCCCAAUUCUUACAAAAAUUCUUGCAAAACAUGGAGAGAUUGCUUUGAAUUCCAAAUUUGCACCGAAUAUGGCAUUGGAAAACAUAUGCAAAGUUGUCCAGGAACUUGAAUCAGUCCACUUAAGUGAUCUACGCCACCACCAUGUGAACCACCUGAGAAACGUCCUGGAACUUGCUGAAGGUGUUGGGAUCAAUGUGAAAUGGCUUUGGAAUCGAUGUGAUGAUCUUGAGAAGCUCGAUUCUCAUCUUACUCAGUAUCCUAUUCUGAAGAGUAAUCUGGCUCAAUCCGAAAAGGAUAUCCAGGAUAAAGAAAAAAGGUUGAGUUUGAAAAGAAUCAUGGUGGGAAAACUGGAAGAUGAAAUCAAGUUACAGGAAAAAGAGUUUGAGUCAUUGAAGGAAUACACAGAGAAGUUAGCUAGUUCCAUGCAGGGGUUCGAGUCGAUUUGUGGAAGCUUCCAUGAUAAGUUUGUGGUGGAUGGACUACUGUAGAAACUCAGCUCGGUAGAUUCACUGUUACCUGAUUCGCUAGUAUGAGGCUGGGUACGGGUACGCAAUUCGCUACUUAAUUUGCUAAAUUAGACCAAAAUUGUACCAUUUUCAUUGUUAUAAUUCGUUUAUUUGGUUCGCGGGUCGUGGGGUGAUUAGAGAAUUAGGUAACAUUGGGUAGAUUUUAGACCACUAACUAGUAACUACAUUUCAUAAGCAAACACACGUUUUAUUAUUACAGUAUUAACGUGGUAUAACUAUUUGAUCUCAUUGUUAAUGGCCUCCAUUUAACUUACAAUUGUCCCACAGAUUCAUGGUUCCUGUUUGAUCUCAUUGUUAUUGUUCAUUAUGAGGCUCUGCAGGGUUCUGCAGUGAUGUAUUUGUUACUUAUGCAGUCAAACUGAUUUUGAGUUGUUGACAUUAUCAGAAAAAUGUUGGGAUUCUGUGUCAUUUUCUGUUAAAAUUUUUGUCAGAAACAUGUUCCACAAUCUCUGAAGUCAUGCUUAUAACUCUGUAGUAUAUACUUCGUAAUUACUUUUCGAGGAUUAUUUGUAGUUAUCUGUAUUAGUAGAAGUUGGACUUGAGUUCCUUCAGUAGGUGGAGGUUCUGAGUACUCGUAUUCAACAGCAGGAUAUAUGGGAAUCUGUUCUGUAGUACGUAUGUACUUAGUGCAGAUCAGUGCAGUGUUAAAGGAGAUUGAGGGAAUUUUCUCAAAAUUCUUUCCUUUGUAGAACCAUAUUGACCAGCUAGAUCAGUUCAGUAAGGAAUAAACCUUAUUGUGAAGGUCUGAGGACUGAGGUUAAACCUCUGUGCUCAACUGUCAAAUAUAGUUCAGUGUUCUACUUACACCAGUUUAUCCUGUCGGAGUAAAGGAUCGUGAACAAAGGUGUUCUAGUGCUACAACAAACGAGUUUGCGCAUGCACAAGUUAAGCCUGACUAGUGCGUACCCUGAGAAAGCUCGGUGAAAGCUCUCUGCAUGAUCCAUUAUAUACUGAUAAUGAUACAGGCCUUAAGAAUACAAGUCCACCAGAACCGGUGUAUGUUUUACUGUUUUCUAAUUCUGAUGCACUGAUUCCAAGCUUUAUUUCAGAGAAUAAAUAUGGUUUUGUACUUUAA